UCGAAAGAAGUGAUUUUGAAUAUUAGAAAGAUUAGGUUCGUAAACAAUUUUAGAGAUACUAUAUAAACGUAAAAAUAUUCAUAUAUAAUGGAAUCCGACGUAGUUACUUGGAAAAUAGUUCCAAAUACAGUUGCAAACAGAAUGAGAAAUCACUCUUUCAUACAUAAACUGCUACCAUCCAGAAGAUUACGUCGUCGAAGUAAGGCUAUGAAUGUUGCAAUUAAACAGUCUCGUAACUUGAAAUCAUAUAGUCAUUAUGUUAAAAUGAAAACUGCAAUUCUUCGAAAUGUAUUAGAUGACAGUGAAACUGAGGCAGAUGAUAUUUUUACAGAGGAUGACUAUGCUAUUUUUUAUAAGUCUAAGUUAAGUUUGAUAAAUUACAGAACAAGGAUGUCUACAGGAAGUAAAUAUUCUUUUAAAGUAGAACUUGAAAGUGAUGAUAAUGACAUUGUAUCAAACAAAAGGAAUAAAAACACUCGUAAAAAAUCUAAAAACAAAUCUUUUGAAAAUGUAAACAUAGGUUGGCAGAAAGUUGUUAUAGAAAAAAAUAAAUCUGCCUGCCUUUUAACAAGAAAGAAAACAAGGAGCGAAAACAAUUCUAUCAAGUACCCUGAUUCAAUUUGUUCUCAAAUGGAUAAUGACACAGGUUUUCCAAACUGUUCUCAAAAAAAUGCUUCACAUCUGAAGAAUGAGGUAUUAAUAAACACUGAAUCAUGUAUGGCAGAGAAAUCUGUAGAGUUGUGUGCUAAUAUCUCUAUAAAUUCUGGUCAAGAGAUGCCCGAUACAUCUGUUCUUCAAGAAAUUGCAAACAAUAGUAGUGAAUCUAUAAAUUCAGAUUCUAGGAUUAAUGAAAUCAGCGAAGAAAAGUUUCAAUUGGAUGAAAAUCGUAGGUGUAAUAUGCUUGAGAGUUCCAAAGUUCAAACACAAAAUAAGAGAAAGGAAAAGAAGAAUUUACCAUCUUUAUUAUAUAAUGCUGAUGAAAUUCACAGUGGAAAUGAUUCUUAUACAGAUGCAAAGACAGAUUUGGAUCAAGAUCAUUUGACAUGUUUAGACAAAAAAGAAAAUAUUACAGAAGCAUCUGUGGAUGAAUUUGCAGAAAAUGACAAAUCUCAUAAAAUUGAAUCUUCAAUUAUCAUUAAUACAUGUCAACCAAAGGAUUCAGGUAUUGAAGAAGAUACAGAAGAAGAAUUUCCAGAACAUGGAGAUAAAGAUUAUCGAAAAGUUAAAUAUAAGACUAGAAGAAAGGAACAAAAUAUAUCAGAUACUUCCUUUCCUUUGAACUAUAAAAGUAAUUCAACAGAUAAUGGUGUAAAUAUAAAAUUAGAAAAUCAUAAUAUGUCAAACAAAUCAGAUUUUACAGAUACAACAUUAUUUUGCAAAUAUAAAAAUGCAAGUAAUGUAGAAGAACAUGAGGAGAAGGUGCAGAAACAUAAACUACAACCCAAAGUUACUCAUACAGAAAUUGUCAAUACAAAGUAUAAAAUAAUACCAUGCAGUACACCCUUAUCCAACAUUUGUGCAAAUCUAGAAGAAUCAAGUAUGAAUGAUUAUUUUUAUGAAAGAGUACAUGAAAGAGAGGAAGCGGAGCAGAGUAUGGAAAAUAAUACUUCAGCAUCAACGAAAAAACGAUUGCAAAAAUUAAGAAAAUUAAAUUUGACUGUAGACAGUGAUUCUAGUCUGAGUGAAAAUGACGAUACACCUUGUAAUGUGGAAAACUCGAGGGAAAAGCUACUCAAACGAUCUGACGAAUAUUCUAGUGCGUCAGACGACGAAGACGAAAAUGUAGAUUUCAAUCGGGAAAUUUCAAUACAAUUUGACAAGGAGUUAGAAAAUGGUAAAGAUUUCGAAACAGGGAGUCUAUUGAAUAAAGAAAGCAAUAAAAAAAAAUCAAAAAACGAAAACUUCUUGGAAAAGGAGGAUACUUGUCAUUUGGACAACGAUGGCAUUUUGGAACAAUAUACCAAAGUCAAAAAGGAUUCACUUCUGCAUAUUAAAGAAUUAUCACUUGCUAGUAAUAAACCAGUUGAAGAAAAAUGGCACUCCUUAGACUGUUCAAGAAAACAUAAUUUUGAUCAGGAGGUUGAUGUAAAAAAAUCGAACGAAAAUAAUCCGGGAAUUAAGAAUAGAGCGCAAGCUGUGAAUAAAACAGUAACAAUACAUCGUAGACCGUGCAAUUUGCAAGAAUUUGUAGAUGAGGAAAGUUUAACACUUGAAACAGCAGUUCAGUUAGUAGGAAAGAAAAUAGUUUUAACAGAGAAAAAUUUAAAACUAGGAAGACAGAAGUAUAAAGUAACAUAUAGAAACGUAGAUAACAUAUCUUGCGUUUUCGCUACUAAAAAACCUGGCAAACCUUACAAAACAGUAAAUAUACAACCAGUGGCAAGAAUCGUUGCACGUGAAAAAAUCACUUGCAAGUCACUCAGGAAAUAAUGAAAUUUAUGUGCUAAUAACGUUAAAUGAACCGAGGAUACCAAUGGAAUCGAAGAUGAUACAACCCGAAUAAAAAGAUAUUUCAAGACUAAACGA